CUUUUACAAAAUUUAACUCCUGACGCUGAAGGUUUAGACUGGAUAUUAACUUACAGUACUUCUGUGCAUGGAUUUAGUUUACGAUCGUUAUAUCGUCGAUGUGCCAAUAGUUUGACAGAAUCUUCAAAAGAUAAUUUACAUGGUACUAUUCAUACAAAAAUGAAACAUACUAUUAUACCGAAUUCACCGCAUGCAUCAAAUCAGCCAUGUAUACUAAUCAUACGAACAUCAACGAAUGAGAUAUUUGGGGCAAUGCUUAAUACACAUCCUUAUCCAAGUAAUGGUCGAUUCUAUGGUAAUGGAUCAUGUUUUGUAUUUCGAUGGAUCAAUACAACUGAUUCAAAACAAGAUCAAUUCAAAGAAAAUAGUAAUUCAAUCAAUGAACAAGAUUCUACAUCUUUAUCAGUUACUUCUAAUAAAUUAAUGAAUAUACCAGUAGAUGUAAACUCUGCAUCAAUAUCAUCAUCGGUAUUAUUAGUAACAGACAAUCAUAACUCUGAUCUAGUCUCAUCUUCGUCAUCAUUGGAUAUGAGAACUGAAACUGUAACUAAGGAAUUCGCGCAUUUAUGUUAUAAUGAUAAAAGAGAAUUUCCAGAACAGGAUAAAAAACAAACAUUCCAAAAAUUUAUAUGGAGCGGUAAAAAUUCCUAUUUUAUUAAUGGUGAUUAUGAUUCACUUACCAUAGGAUGUUCUCAAGGUCAUUCAGCAAUUCAACUUGAUGAUAAUUUAUUACAUGGACAUAGUGUCAAUUGUGAAACAUUUGAUAGUCCACAAUUAACUUUAUUAUCACCAGAUUUUGUGAUUACCACACUUGAAAUAUGGUCAUUUAUUUAAAAAGAAAUUUUUUUUAUUUUUUGGGGGGGGAGGGAAGAGAGGGUUGAAUUUAUUUUAUAUUGUGAACUAAUAAUUCCAUGUCAACCAUACAAAAAAAGAUAAAAAAAUAAACAAAAUCAAUAUAGAUGUAAUACACAUUUUAUUCAAUAUUUUGUUGUUGUUUGUCGCUUUUUCUUUGUUUUAUUUUUUGUUGUUGUCGUUGUUCUUAUGGCCUAUUUAUUUAAUGAAUUAUUAUUAUUAUUAUUACUAUU